AUGUUUAGAUUUAGUAUUGCUUUAAUAUUAUUUUUAAGUAAUUUAAAUAUUUUAAGUUAUGGAAACAGAAAUUAUUACAAUGAAUGUAAAUUAGAAGUUAUAAAUGCUCAAAAAAUUUUUGUUAAUAUGAUUAAUGAAAGAAUAAAAAUUGAAAAAAGUAAAAGAGAAGAAAGAAUUGAAAAUUUUCUUAAAAAUACUAAACCUUUUGAUGAUGAUGUGACAACUGCUUCAACUCCUCAACCACCAGACUGUCCAUAUUUACCAAAUGCUACUAUUUUUCCAAAUCCAUCAGUUUCAAGUAACUUAAAUAAUCAACAAGAACAAUUAUUUAGUAAAUUUAUUAUUCCAAAUUUUUUAAAUGUACCAGUUGGUGAAGAUCCUUUUGUUUUUUAUUUGGAAAAGUUACAUUCAUAUAUUCAAGACAUUGAAGGUAUUUGUAAUGGACCUGAAUUUAAAGGAUUUGAUAGUGUCACAGAUAAACAAGUAUUAGGCUUUCUAGGAGUAUUGUCGAUAAAUCAUGCUAAUCAUGUAUGUCCUAUUUGUCAGAAAUUUACUCAACAUAUUAGAUCAAUAAUAGAACCUACAUUAUUGACAGUUAGUGAUAAAUCAAGUUUGCACAUAAUUCAUUAUCUUUAUCAACAAAUUCCUGAAAAUGAUGGUCUUUGCUCUAUUUUACUACCUGGCUGUCAUGAACAACUUUCAAAGAAUAGUACAGUAGGUACACGUGCAACAAAAUGUUUAGAAUGUCCAUUAUGUAUGACAGGAACAACAGUUUUGGAACAUACUGUUUUUUUCAAUCAACAAUUUGUUACUGAAGCACACUCUUUCUUAAAUGCUUCAAUAUUUCAUAAUAUAUGCUCAGAAUUAUGUAAUAUGGGUCCUACAUCACUUUUUCCAAAUGGAGUCUCUUAUAGUACCUGUAGAAAUUCAAUGUCAGAAUUCUAUAUUUUUAUAAUAAAUGCAUUAAAAAAUAUUCUUAUACCAAAUAAUUUUUGUUCAUUGGAAACUGAUGCAUGUAAGCCUGGGGAAACACCUAACAUUUUAACAUGUUUACAAGAUUUAUGCUUAGAUGGUUUACCAAAAAUUAUGCAAGAUAUUUGUAAAGUUAUACCAUCUGAUCCAACUGAGGCUGCUUAUUUUAUUGGAUUAAAACAAAAACCAGAAGAUGAUAAAAAACAACGACAAAUGAUUAGAGAUAUGCUAAAAUCUGAACUUUAA